GUCUAUUAUUUCAACCACCACUGUAACGAAAACAGCAUGGACAGAUUGAAAUUCAAUAAUUUGGUGAUAUCCAACAAGAAGGUCAUUCAAAAGGCACGCGCCCAGACCAUCGCCAAAAUCGUACAAAAGCUGCGAAAGACAAAAGAGGCUCUGGCCAAAAAUCCAGACAGUGAAAAGGAAAAGAUUCGUUUACGCAAGAACACAGAAUGCCUGGCCCAGUUGAAGGCUCUAAAAUAUAUGGAUAUGGUACGCCAGUCGCUCCUGCAGGAGGGCACAAAUCCCAAUGCGGUGAUUGCUAACGAGCGCUCCACGCCGGAUGAACUGGGCAUUGCCAUGCUGCGGCUAAACAAAUUGAUGCACGGACUGGUGGACAAGUUUGUGGAAACCUUGAAGCUGAGCACCACCGAUAAGGAGGCCAAGUGGCGUGAGGAGAUCCUAGAGACGAGCAAGCGAAGGGCCAAAAUAGAACGCACUGAGGAGCGGAAGAGGAAGCGCAAGGAGCUGAAGGAGCAGAAGGCCCAAACCAAAAACCGACUGGAGUGGUUAGAGCAGAACAAAGUGGUGGAUGCAGAUGUUAAUGGAGCAACUGCGGAAACGCCCACUCUUCAAGUCAGCAAAGUAAAUGAUCAGGAAAUACCACAGUCUUUUGCAAAAACUGAAAAUUCUCCAGUUCUCAAAGUCAAAAAGGAAAAGACACCUAAAACACCAGCCAAAAAAGAAAGAAACCUUCAGAAAAAACAAGCUUUUGAUGAGCAGAUCAACCCGGAGAUAACUAAGCUCAGUUCCAAAAAGCAGAAUUUAAAUACAAUCAAGGAGAAUAAUGCAGAGCCACAACUAGAAGGCAGACCGAAAGAAUCUAAGCCAAAACCCUUCGAGAAAAAACCAGCCAGAGAGCAGAAGCCUAAGCCACGAUUAGAAAGGCAGCCAAGUAUCGAUGAAGAAGAACCACAACUUGACAAUAAUCGUCCCACACAUGUCGUUGAUCCCUUCUUCAUUACGGAAUCAGGCCAGCCCUACUUGUCCAGCGCCGUGGUUCUUUCCGGGGACAAUGACAGCGAAGCUGAUGAGGAACAGGCACCGCCGCCAGUCAAAAGGUUCCGCAAUGAGGAUCGACGGUCGAACACAUAUCGGGAGAAACCGGAAAGACAGCCAGAGUUCAAAGCGAGAAAGCCAACUGAUGAUCGUCAUCCCUCCUGGCUGGCUAAGCAACAGCAGAAACCAAUCAUUGGUGAUUUUAGAGGCAAGAAGAUUACAUUCGGCGACGACGGCCAGGCGGCGGAAAUUAUUGCUCCAAGUAUCAAUCAAUUAACCGCUACUGCUGCUCCUUUGCCCACCGAUGGCAUGCACCCGUCUUGGGUGGCCAAACAGAAGUUUAAGCCGAAAAUUGCCGCGUUUCAGGGCACAAAGAUUAAGUUUGACGAAGAUUAAAGAUGAUGUCAAUGGU